UUAGCUCUUUCGAUGGCUUCUUCUUCUUCUUCUUCUUCAAAUCUGAAAAGGUAUUACCAUGUGUUCCUGAGCUUCAGAGGCACGGAUGUCCGUGACAGCUUUCUCAGUCACCUCUAUGCGGGUCUCGAUCAAAGAGGAAUACACACUUUCAUGGACAACGAGGAGCUGAGGAAAGGAGAGCAAAUAUUCCCGGCGCUUAUGAAAGCGAUUGAGGAAUCGCGCAUCGCGGUUAUCGUUUUCACCGAGAACUAUGCUUCCUCGCCAUGGUGUUUGGAAGAGUUAGCCAAAAUUAUGGAGUGCAAGGAGCAAAGAGACCUUAAGGUCUUUCCCGUGUUUUACAAAGUGGUACCCAGAGAAGUGAGAACACCAAGAAAGAGUUGUAGAAAAGCCAUGGCUACGCAUGAGUCCAAGUUUGGGAAGGAUUCGGGGAAAGUGAAGAGAUGGAAGAAGGCUCUCCUCAAUGCCGGUGGCUUGUCCGGGUGGGAAUUCCAUAAGGGAGAUGAAGCAGAGCUCAUAAAACGCAUCGUAAAGGAACUAUCAAUUCAUCUACAGCGUAAACCCUUACAAGUUGCUACAUAUCCGGUCGGAAUAGAUUCCCGAGUCCAGCAAGUGAUAUCAUUGUCAGAAAAUGAGACGGGUGAUGGUGAUGUUCUCAUGGUAGGUCUAUGGGGACCUGGAGGCAUAGGGAAGACCACAAUUGCUAAAGCCCUAUAUAAUUAUAUUGAGAAAGAUUUUCAGGGUACCUGUUUUUUGGAGCAAGUAAGAGAAACUUCAAACAAAAGCAAUGGUCUAGUUUCUUUGCAACAGGAACUUCUUUCACAGAUCUUUCCUUGUGGAAAAUUAACGGUAUAUAAUGUGGACGGAGGAAUUCCUUUGAUACAGGAAAGACUUCGUUGCAAGAAGGUUCUUCUGGUUCUUGAUGAUGUGGACGAGUUGGAUCAACUGAAUGCGUUAGCUGGAGAAGGCCAUUGGUUUGGCAAAGGAAGUAGAAUUAUUGUUACAUCAAGAGAUAAACAUUUGCUGACUUCUCAUGGCAUAAAUUGUGUUUAUGACGUUAAAACUUUAUAUGAUGAUGAAGCACGGGACCUUUUUGGUCGGUAUGCCUUCAAAAAUAGCAAGAAAGUUGAGAUAAGAAGGGAUCUCAUAGAUAGAGCAGUGCAUUACGCGAACGGCCUUCCGUUAGCCCUCCGAGUGUUCGGCUCAUUCUUAUGUGGAAGAGAGGAACCUGCAUGGGAAAGUGCACUGCAUGACCUCUCCAAAAGUCCUGACCAGAAAAUCAAUCGAGUUCUCAAGACAAGCUUCGAUGGAUUGAACGACAAUGCAAAGGAGAUUUUCCUCGAUAUUGCUUGCUUCUUUAAGGGGAAAAGAAUAGAAUACAUCAAGGAAGUCCUUGACAGCUGCGGUUUUGAAUCAACUAUAGGAAUAGAAGUUCUCAUCGAGCGGUCCUUGAUAACAAAUGAGCACGGGACCCUGCAAAUGCAUGAUUUAAUUCAGUUGAUGGGGCAGGAUAUUGUUAAUCAAGAAGGCUCCAAUGAUCCUGAGAAGCGCAGUAGAUUUUGGCGUUUUGAAGAUGUUCGAGACAUUCUACGUGGAGAAACGGGAACAAAUGCAAUAAAGGCCAUAGUAUUGGACUUGCCCGAACCCAGAGAGAUAACUAUUAGCCCUCAUGCUUUUACAAACAUGAAAAGGUUGAGGAUGCUCAUUUUGCCUGUACUGCAUAUCUCUUCACAAGGUCCCGUAUGUCUCCCUAACCAGCUAGGAUUGCUUAUAUGGCCAAUGCCCCGGAUCUGGAAUUUGGCUCUGCUUAAUGACUGCAUGGGUAUGUUCUUGCAGAAUUUUGAAAUGCUGAAGUUCAUUAAUUUCUGGAAAUGCGAGUCCCUGACUAGUGUUCCUGACCUUUCGUCGGCUUUAAAUCUGGAGAGCUUGAUUCUUAGUGAUUGCAAAAGCUUGGUAGAAGUUCACCAAUCUGUCGGAUAUCUUGGCAAGUUAAAAUUUUUGACACUAGAAAUGUGCUCUAAUCUUAUUAUCUUUCCCAACAAACUCACGGCAAAAUCUCUUCAAACCCUUUAUCUCAAUGGUUGCUCAAAACUCGAGAAGUUCCCUGAUAUUCCGGAAAUGAUGGAACAUCUAGAAGUUCUUGGGCUGAGAGGGACGGCUAUCGAAGAACUCCCGACAUCAAUUGGAAAUCUUGUCUCUGUGAAGAAGAUGGAUUUAAGAUGGUGCAAAAACCUCACAAGGCUUCCGUUGAGCAUUUAUAAGUUGCAGAAUCUCGAGGAUCUAAGUCUUGAAAGGUGCUCGAAUUUCGUCAUGUUUCCAAAGAACUUGGAGGAUUCAACCGACCCUGAUGGCCAUUUAGGAUUUCUAAAUCUACACACGCUAGAACUCAAUGGCUGCAAUCUAUCAGAAGCAGACUUCCUCGAGAGCUCUUCCAGUUUUCCCAAAUUGCGUGAGCUAAAUCUUUCAAAAAACAAAUUUACUCAUCUACCAACAUGCAUCAACAAAUACCAUUCUUUAGAUUGGUUGUUUUUGGAGAAAUGCCAGCAACUACAAGAGAUUCCUCAGCUUCCAUCAAAUAUAAGUGUGCUAGUAGCAAAAGGUUGCAAAUCCCUGCAAAAACUCCCAGAUUUGUUGAGUCUCUCGUCCGACUACCUUAUAGUCGACUUGUCUUCAUGUUGUGAAUUAUUCCGCAGGGGUGUGAAGAUGGCUGAUGUAUCAUUACCCGAGGUCAGACUCUCUCUCUCUCUCUCUCUCUCUCUCUCUCUCUCUCUCUAACUUUAAAUGCUUGAAAUGAUAGGGACUCCUGC